ACUCUUAGUAAAUGGGAAGUGAGCGGUAGUGAAGUUCUCGGACGUGCGCGUGCUUGGUCUUCUUAGUUUUUUCUUUUCCUUUUGACACCUUCAGCUCGAGACCAUGAGGGUGUAGUGACACACACACAAAAAGGAAGUUUAACGAGAAGAAAAGUUACUUCAAGACAGUCAAGAAACAACAACAGAAGAAGAAGAAAAAGAAGCAGGAACCGGCACGAUGAUCGCCUCGCAUCUCCUCGCCUACUACGUGACCGAGCUCCAUCAUGACCAUGUACAGAAAGUGGACAGGUUCCUGUACCAUCUCCGUCUGUCCAACGAGAACGUGAUGGACAUCUCCCUGCGCUUCCGGAGGGAAAUGGACAAAGGCCUGGGCAGAGACACCAACCUCACAGCAGCGGUCAAGAUGCUGCCCACGUUUGUGCGCUCCACACCUGAUGGCACAGAAAAAGGCGAUUUCUUGGCGCUGGACCUCGGAGGGACAAAUUUCCGAGUUCUGCGUGUUAAAGUUUCCUCUAACGGCAAACAGACCGUGGAGAUGGAGAACCAGAUCUACGCCAUUCCGGAAACACUGAUGAGGGGCAGCGGCACCCAGCUCUUUGACCACAUUGCUGAAUGUUUAGCUAACUUUAUGGAGAAACUGGGCAUUAAGGAGAGGAAACUGCCGCUGGGCUUCACCUUCUCUUUCCCCUGCCAGCAGACCAAACUGGACGAGAGCAUCCUGGUGUCCUGGACCAAGGGCUUCAAGGCGAGCGGGGUGGAGGGGAAGGACGUGGUGGACCUGCUGAGGAAAGCCAUCAAGAGGAGAGGGGACUUUGACAUCGACAUUGUAGCUGUGAUCAACGACACCGUGGGGACCAUGAUGACCUGCGGCUUCGACGACCAUCACUGUGAGAUCGGCCUCAUCGUAGGUACAGGUACGAACGCCUGCUACAUGGAGGAGAUGAGGAACAUGGAGCUGGUGGAAGGAGAUGAGGGCCGCAUGUGUGUGAACAUGGAGUGGGGAGCGUUCGGAGACGAUGGCGCUCUCGACGACAUUCGCACAAACUUCGACCGCGAGAUCGACGCCGGAUCUCUGAACCCGGGCAAACAGCUAUUUGAGAAGAUGAUCAGUGGAAUGUACAUGGGUGAACUGGUACGCAUCAUCCUGGUGAAGAUGACUAAAGAGGGUCUGCUGUUCCAGGGCCGGACCACACCCGAUCUACUCGUCACCGGUCACUUCAAAACCAGCUACAUCUCAGCCAUCGAGAACGACAAGAGUAAGGAAGGCCUGGUGUGUGUGGAGCAGGUUCUGCGUGAUCUGGGUCUGGAUCCGUCUCCUGAGGACUGCGUGGCGGUGCAGCGCGUGUGUCAGAUCGUGUCGACUCGAGCGGCUCACCUGUGCGCCGCGUCGCUGGCCGCAGUGCUGCGGCAGAUCCGUGACAACAAGGCCAUGGAUCGACUGCGCACUACGAUCGGCGUGGACGGAUCAGUGUACAAGAACCACCCACAGUUUGCGCGACGGUUACACAAGAUGGUGCGCCUCCUGGUGCCUGACUGUGACGUGCGUUUCCUGCGCUCGGAGGACGGCAGCGGGAAAGGCGCCGCCAUGGUAACGGCGGUGGCCUACAGGUUGGCGAAGCAGCAUGCUGAGCGCCAGCAGGUCCUGGACACACUGAGACUCAGCCGAGAACAGCUGAUGGAGGUGAAGAGGAGGAUGGAGGUGCAGAUGAAGAGGGGACUCGCUCGGGACACCCACAACUCCGCCACCGUCAAAAUGCUGCCCACCUACGUCAGAGCCACACCCGACGGCACAGAGAACGGAGACUUCCUGGCGCUGGAUCUGGGCGGGACAAACUUCCGUGUUCUGCUGGUUCGAGUGCGCAGUGGGAAGCGCCGCAGUGUGGAGAUGCACAACAAGAUUUACACCAUCUCCCAGGACAUCAUGCAGGGCACAGGGGAAGAGCUGUUCGAUCACAUCGUCCACUGCAUUGCUGACUUCCUGGAGUACAUGGGAAUGAAGGGAGCAUCGUUACCUCUGGGAUUCACCUUCUCUUUCCCCUGCCAUCAAGCUGGACUGAACAAGGGCAUUCUGCUGAAGUGGACGAAGGGCUUCAAGGCCAGUGGCUGUGAAGGUGAAGACGUAGCGAUGCUCCUCGCUGAUGCGAUCCAUCGCAUGGAGGAGUUUGAUUUGGACGUGGUUGCCGUGGUGAACGACACAGUGGGGACGAUGAUGUCGUGUGGAUACGAGGACCCUCAGUGUGAAGUGGGGCUCAUUGUAGGUACGGGUACGAAUGCGUGCUACAUGGAGGAGAUGAAGAACGUGGAGCUGGUGGGGGGAGAUGAGGGCCGCAUGUGUGUGAACAUGGAGUGGGGAGCGUUCGGAGACGGCGGCGAGCUCGAUGACAUCUGCACCGGGUUCGACCACGCCGUGGAUGAAAACUCCACCAAUCCUGGCAGACAGAGGUUUGAGAAGAUGAUCAGCGGGAUGUACCUUGGGGAGAUCGUCAGGAACGUCCUGCUGGAUUUCACCUCUAAAGGUCUGCUGUUCCGCGGAAAACUCUCCGAGAGACUCAAGACCCGCGGCAUCUUUGAGACCAAGUUCCUUUCCCAGAUUGAGAGUGACCGCCUGGCCCUGCGGCAGGUUCGCUCUAUCCUGCAGCACUUGGGUCUGACCAGCAGCACGUGUGACGACAGCAUCCUGGUGAAGGAGGUGUGCAGCGUGGUGUCUCAGAGAGCGGCUCAGCUGUGUGGCGCCGCGCUCGCCGCCGUGGUCGACAAAAUCCGUCAGAACCGCAACCUCAACUCACUCAGCAUCAGCGUGGGAGUGGACGGAACCCUGUAUAAGCUCCACCCACACUUCUCCAGCAUCCUGCAGGAAACUCUGCGAGAUCUGGCACCGCAGUGCGACGUCACUCUGCUCCAAUCGGAGGACGGAAGUGGGAAGGGCGCCGCCCUGAUUACGGCUGUGGCCUGUCGCAUGAGAGACGCGUAACCGAGAGGAACGAGGAAAAGGAAGAGGGGGAAAAAUAGGGAAAAGGAUCGACUUGAAUUUGAAACAGUGUUCUUCCAGAAACGACCAACACUGUGCUGGAGAUAUGACUGUUCUCUCUCUGUGUGUGUGUGUGUCUGUGUGUGUGUCUGUGUGUGUCUGUAAUAAGUGCAGAGAGAAUAAGGGAAAGGGUGGUGGGGGGGUGUCAUGUGACUUGGAUGGUAAUUUAUUUGUAAUGUUACUGUAUCAUGGGGUUCCACACAUUUCCCCCAAAAAAUGCUGAACAACUCUGAGCGGUUCUCCUCACUCCUCUGCUGCUACUGGAGGUUCUCCGUCUUGUUCUGUGGCUCUGUGAGAUCUUUGUGGGAUCACGUGACCACCGGAAGCAGGAGUGAGGUGAAGUUCUUCUGCUCUUCAAGUUGAGAGACUGGAUCUGUGGAGGAGGAUCCAGCAGGAGAUGAGGUGGAGGAGGAUCCAGCAGGAGAUGAGGUGGAGGAGGAUCCAGCAGGAGAUGAGGUGGAGGAGGAUCCAGCAGGAGAUGAGGUGGAGGAGGAUCCAGCAGGAGAUGAGGUGGAGGAGGAUCCAGCAGGAGAUGAGGUGGAGGAGGUUCCAGCAGGAGAUGAGGUGGAGGAGGUUCCAGCAGGAGAUGAGGUGGAGGAGGUUCCAGCAGGAGAUGAGGUGGAGGAGGUUCCAGCAGGAGAUGAGGUGGAGGAGGAUCCAGCAGGAGAUGAGGUGGAGGAGGAUCCAGCAGGAGAUGAGGUGGAGGAGGAUCCAGCAGGAGAUGAGGUGGAGGAGGAUCCAGCAGGAGAUGAGGUGGAUCCAGGCUGCAUGAACUUGCUGUUUUUGGAGCGGUUUUUUCUACUGGUUUAAAAAUAAAUAAAUAAAUCAAAUAAUGUGUACACUGUAACCAUCCCACCAAUAGCUAAUUACCAUCUUCCUCUAUUAUCAUCAUCAUGAUCAUUAUUUUUUAUUUUUUUGGAUGAUGCUGAUGAUCAUGCUUUUUUUUUCUGACUACGCAUUUAAUUUGAGCUUCUUCUACCAGAGAUUUGUAAAAUAAAAUAAUUGAAAAAGUAA